UUCAUAUAUUUGGCAAAUUCUAUUUAAAUUAACCUGCAAAUUUUUACCAAAAUUACUUGCUUUUUGUCUGAUAAUAAUGUUUUUGAAUGGCUCCACUGCAGUGCAGACUUAAAUCUUAUAAAGGAUGUAAGGAGACAGCUAAAGACUAGGGUGAUGGUUCGAUUGCUGUAAUGGCAAUAAAGACCUUUGUAUUGAAUAUUUAAAAGUGCAUAAAUUAUUUAUAAUAUUCCAUUCAUUUUGAAAUUCACGUUAAGAGAAUAGCUACAUUUAUUUCUUUCCAAAUCGAUUCUCCUUUUACACGAUUUUGUUAUCUUUGAGAGACGCCUGUCUGAUUUCCUAUUGAAAACAAAUUUUGUGGUUAAAUGAAAAAUAAUGAAUCUGACAUUUCUGUAACUUGAUAUGGCUGCCUUCUUUCUCAGACCUUAAAACUCUAUGUUGAACUUUUACUUUAGUUUGUUUUUACCUUCUAAAUGUAUUCAGUUUGUCAGAAAAACACUGAAAACUACUACAAGGUAAGUCAAGCCAAGAGACUUCUUGAAACUGAAUCUCUCUGGCCUAGUUGCUAUAAAAAGCUGCUUGUUUAUGUGGAGUAGAAAUCUCAGUCUGAAGAGAAGUGGAAGUCAGAUCUUUGUGUGAAAGAAGAGUUGGCGUUGAGGUGAACGUUUUAAGAGAUUUUGCCGAAUGCCUUCAGCAAAGUUAAAAAUCCACCUUUGACAUGGAGUUUACCAGGCUCUACCUUCCGAUGGAGUGGGAAGAACGAUGGAGGAAAGAAAAGGAGAGGAUUAAAAGAGUGAUUGAAGAAGGUGGAGAAGGGUUAGAACAGGACAACCGUGAGUUGAGGCGAAUUGUUGCUUACAACGAUUCCAGGAUGGGCCUAGCUAGUCAAGGAGAUAAAACUAAAGAGUCCGAGGUGAGAAAGACUCAAAGUAAUAAGGACGAUGCCGGUGGACAUACCAGUGAUGAGGCAGUUGAGGAUAUGGAACAUCAUGUCUACACAUUUUCAAGCAAUACCUUUCCUAAAGAGAUAUUUAUGACUCUUAAGGAACUGCAGAUUUCCUCUAUUCUUACAGACCUGACUCUGACUACUGAGGACGGCAGCAGCUUUAGUGUGCAUUCCCUAAUUCUGGCUGCUGUCAGUGCCUUCAUUCUAGAAAAACUUAAGGAAAAAAACAUGGGACAGUCUUACAGUACUCAAGGGAAAGUUACAAUGUGGUCGGUACACAUGGGUAAUGAAGUUGACCAAAUUGGGCUUCAGGCAGUUAUUGAGUUUGCUUACAGUGGAGAUCUAUCGAUUUUAAACAAAGACACUCUAACUCAGAUCAAAACUGCAGCUAAAGUACUGCAGGUCCCGCAACUGCUGGAUUUCUGCAACAACAUAAAUGCGACAAAGGAAGAUCAAUGUCCUAAAACCGACCAAGAUAGAAUCUCUGCAGACGUACAUCUGAAGGAUACUCUACGAUCCAUUGAAAGGUUGUUGGAAGACAAAGUUGGAUGUGAUGUAAUUUUGGAACUGGAUGAGAUUUCUUUCCAUGUUCAUAGAAUUAUCCUGGCAGCAAGCAGCGACUACUUCCGUGGGAUGUUCACAUGUGGAAUGAAGGAAUCUCACCAGGCCUGCAUCGCUCUUCCCUUUGUACCGGCCUGUGAAUUGGAGGCACUAAUCGGUUGGUCCUACAGCGGGACUCUUCAUCUCAGCUGGGACUGUGUUUUUGAGAUAGCCUGCACUGCCCUUCAGCUUCAGUUUCAACCUGCUUUCUUGCUUUGCCUGAAAUUCAUGCGAGAAGAAAUGCAGGUAAACUCGUGUCUAGACGUGGAAUCAUUCGCUGAAGCAUAUGGCUUGUCAGAACUCCUCGAGGAAGCCAAUGACUUUACACUGAGGAACUUCAGGGAAGUGUCAGCAACAGCAAAGUUUCAAGACCUUCCCGCAAAGAAGCUCCUGGACUUGCUCCGCUGCGAUGGUCUGUGCGUGCCUUCAGAGUUGACUGUAUUUCGUGCUGUAAUCUCCUGGAUUCAAGCGGAUCCCGAAGAGAGGUUGGCCCAGGCUGCUUUACUGAUGAGCGGAGUUCGUUUCCCACUCAUGACCUUUCGUGAGUUCAGGGAGGUCAGAGCAAUUAAUCUGCACAUGGAGUGCUUUGCAGACAAAGAAGUGGAACUCUAUGGAUCCGCUCUCAAAGAAUUUGGUUUCAGUCUCCCAAAGUCUGAUGAAUACUGCCGAAUCAGGCGACCUAAAGAUGCUCUUUGUGUGGUUGGGGGGGACCAACUGGAUCCAGAUGUGGGUAAACGUAUACCAAGCCAGGAUAUCUGGUUUGCCAACUCUUUGCGCAAUGGCACAGGAUUGGUGAAGGAGAUAGAGUGGAGGAGACUAGGUGAGAUUCCAGAAAAGCCAAAGUUCAGACAUGGCGUGGCAGUAAUGGAGAGAAGGUUGUAUGUAGCUGGUGGAUGUUACUUUUAUGCCAAGGAUAACAUAAUGACAUCAGCCUAUAGCUAUGACCCCGUGACAAACACUUGGAAAAGGUUGGCCGACAUGCAGGAGCCAAGAAGUAACUUCUCAUUGGUGGUGCAUGAGGAGCGCCUUUAUGCCAUUGGUGGAGACAAAGAGAUUGACACCAACACAGACAGCGUUGAGAUGUAUAAACCAGAUAGCAACUCAUGGAGCUUCAUCCGCCCUCUGGACCAGGCUCUCAGUGGCUAUGGAGUCUCUGCCAUAAACGGAGGCAUCUUCAUCUCUGGAGGUUUUAACUGUAAAUAUGUGUGCCUGGCCUCCAUGCUCCUGUACCACCCGGAGAGAGGAAGCGUCUACCUGGCGGACAUGUCCCGUGACCGAGCCCAACACUGUAUGGAAGCAUUGCGAGGACGCCUUUACGUUGCCGGUGGGCUGUGUAACCUGAGGAAGUUCUACACCGAUCAGCUUGCCUGUGAGGUGUACGACCCAGUGACAGACUCUUGGGCUGAUUUUUCCUCGCUGCCAGUGCCCCAUGUUGGUUCUGCCUCGGCUGUCCUGGAGGAGAAGCUCUAUGUUCUGGGAGGAUACUGCCAGGACGAUUACAGCGAGUCGGGACUGGUCCAUCGGUUUGACCCCGGCCUCCAGCGGUGGGAGACCAUGGGCAAGCUACCAGGGGCUGUUACUGACAUUAAGGCAUGUCUUCUCCACUUGCCCCAGCAAUUCAGACACUAACCAGAUGGUCAUAAUCAUAAACCGUUACAGAAAAUCCAACCUGUCAUUUUGACUCGCAAAGGUAUAAAAUGACUUACAAAAGUAUUAUUUAAUAGGUAGACCAACACAAAGUAGUGCAUAACUGGGAAGUGGAAUUGUAUUUGUCUUCAACCUAGCCCAUCUUGUUCCACAUGUCUUCUUUCUACAGCCAAGCCACUGAAGUGACUGAAGUUUCCCCCAAAUCUUUCUUGGUGCUUCUCCAGUUCAUCAACUUCAUUCUUCAGGACGCUAAUAUCGAUUUUCUGGUUGCUUGUGGAUCUGGUCAACUCUGCAAGAAUAUAUGCGCAACAUAUUCAGUUUAAUAUGUGCAAACCUUAAGUAGUUUACCAGAAAAUAAAUAAAAUGCUGUUCAAAUGUCAAAAUUACCUUCGCUUUUGAACUGAAUCAGCUGCAGUUGGUUUUCCAGGUCCGUCUUGGUGACAUUCAGUCAGGAUUCUAGAUCGACUCUGAGGGCCUGAGUUGUUGAGUUUAGGCAGGAAAUCUGAUUCUCGUGCGAGUUCAGCAGAGUUUUACUGCUGCUGAACGAAGCUUCAGUUUCCAUCUCUAAAGUUAUAAUCUUCACUUUGAUGUAAAAAAAAAACAAAAAGAGUGCAAAAGUCAAUAUAAAAUAUUAAAUUGCCUUCAAUCCCAUUACUGGCACGUUAAACACUAUGUGAACAACAACGUGGCAACAAAAAAGAAAUAUUUUUACUAAUCUGGUUUACGCCUUAUUUAAAAGAAACUUAUCGUGCACUUCUAUGAUCUUGAAUUUUGGUCAUUUGAUCGUGUCAUUGCAGAACUACCUUCAGUGGUUUCCUCAAUCAUCUGUAGUUUCUUUUCAAGGUCAGUCUUGGUGGCAACCAGUCGGUCUUCAAGGUUCACUUCAAGACCCCGAGUCGUUCGAUUCAGGAGGGUAAGUUCAUUUUUGUUCGCUUCCAGUAAAGGCUUUAGUGUCGUUGACUGAAUCUUCGGUUUCCAUCUCUAGAUGGAAAAGCUUGGCUUUUAUGGCCAAAACAGGUCAACAAGCUAAACCCUAUUCAUGAUUACUUUGACUACAUUUACUGGCAUUUUAGGCUCCAUAUCAGCUAUCAGAAUUACAACAGUUUGACCAAUCAGAUGGUUCAUCAUGGCGUUUUGUGUUUUUAGCUCAUGAAUGGCUUUGUUGAACCUGCUUGUGAUUUUUUGGUCCAGUUCAGUUUUUUGGUUGUGUAGUUUGGUGCUAAGAGCUUGAAAUACAGGUUAAGUAAGUUAAAGCCUUUCAAUUAUGAAUACUGUUAUUAAUCUCAAAAAAUAUUAAGUUUGAAAUUACCGUCAGUAUUUUUCUCAGUCGCAUCCAGUUUUUCUUCAAGGUCCACCUUGGUUACGUUCAGAUGACCUUCCAGUUGUGCCUCAGGGUUUUGGGCCUUUGAGUUGAGGUGGGACAGUUCGUCCUUGUACGCGUCCAGCAGCGUUUUCAUGUUCUCAAAGUCAGCUUCAGUUUUCAUCUCCAGACUUUCGAGCUUGGCUUUUUUUUUUUAUUCGAUUAGGUUCUUCUCGGUUAAAUGCAGCCUCUGCUCGAUUCCACUGAAGUUUCCCCCGACUCUUUCUCGGCGUUUCUCCAGUUUGUCGACGUCACUCCUUAGACUUGGGAGAAUUGGUGUGAAACAAAACCCUAUUGUUGAGGAAGAUGGACACAUAUAGUGAUUCAUCUCUUUUGACGCCUAACAGGUUCUCUGUUAUGACUGCAACAUCUGUGCACUCAGUUGAACAGCACUGCAGAUCUAGACGAAUAUAACCCACUGCGGUUACCCCUCUCAUAUCAUCUCGGUAGGAUGAGGCCAGAUGGAUGAGGUGGUGAGUUGAUGUUAAGUGUGAGGAGAGCUGCAGGUGUCCACUGUGAGAAAAUCUACUGCAGCCAACAAACUGACAACAAAAUGCAACAAAAUUUCACAUUUCUUAAGCGUGGGACAACGUAAGAAGAAAGCCUUUUUAUGGUAAUCAAAACUACUUUAACAAAAAGAAAUUUAAAAAAAAGAAAAAUGCAGUGCCUGAUUAAAAGACAAUUAAUUAGUUUAAAUUGUAGAUGUAUUAAAGUAGAUAUGAAGAUCUGUAGACCAAGUAUGAAUUGUUGUUUUUAUCUCAUUGCAAGGUUUACUGUGCCCUUUUA